CUUUAGUUGGCAACACCGCGCGUUUAUGUCAAACAAAAUGGGAUCUUGUCUAGAGAUCUAGACUAUUUUAGAUCUAUAUUGUCUAUACUAGAUCUAUAUUCUAUAUUAUAUAUAUUCUAGAUCUAGAUAGAGAUUCUAGAGCUCUAAAUCUGUAAAAAAACUAAUAUUUGUUUCACAUCUGCCACACAAAGAUGGCAUCUCAAAUACAGCAUCAUGAUGGUGGGGAUCAUGCACAAACGGUUGCCAGCCAUUAUAAUCAACUAGAAGAAGCAGGGCUGGCGCAGCGCACAUGCAGCCGCAUAUUUUUCCUGAGAAACUUCAAUAAUUGGAUAAAGAGUGUAUUAAUUGCUGAAAGUUUAAACAGUCUACGAAAAUCUGAUCACCACAGUAGUGUAUCUGUUUUAGAUUUAUGCUCAGGGAAAGGGGGUGACUUACUGAAAUGGAAGAAAGGAAGGAUUGGUCACUUGGUUUGCGCAGAUAUUGCUGAAACAUCAGUUCAACAAAGUGAAGAAAGAUACAGACAAAAUGUACAAAGGGAAAGAAACAAAAUUUUCAGUGCUGAAUUCAUUGCUGCAGAUUGUACAAAGGUUAGAUUGAAAUCUAAAUACAAAAAUCCAAAUCAGUCUUUUGAUCUUGUUAGCUGCCAGUUUUCAUUUCACUAUUGUUUUGAGAGCUACAACCAAGCCAUGUUGAUGCUACGGAAUGCCUGUGAGUGUCUCAGGGUUGGAGGUUAUUUUAUCGGUACCACACCUAAUGCUAAUGAAAUAGUGAAACGUUUAAAAGCUUCCAAAGACAGUUCAUUUGGUAAUGACGUCUACAGAAUUUCAUUUCCUCACAACAACAAAGAAAAUUUUCCAGUUUUUGGAGCCAUGUACAAUUUUCACUUGGAAGGUGUGGUGGACUGCCCAGAAUUCCUUGUGUAUUUCCCAGUUUUAGAAAAACUGGCUGCACAGUUUGGCAUGAAACUUGUCAAAAAACAGACAUUUGCUGAUUUUUUCAAGGACAAUGUUACAAACAGAGGAAGUUUAAAUUUACUCAGUGCCAUGCAGGCAUUAGAGCCCUUUCCUCCGUUAGAAGGCUCGAGCCCAGUUAGCUCUAAAACAGAGGACUAUCAGAUAGCCCAAGAAGUUCUUAACUCAGUCCUAGGAUCUCAACAUUCAGAUCGUGGUGAUGGCCCCUGUACUAAGAGAAUUGGCACACUUACCUUAGCUGAAUGGGAAGCUGCAACUCUCUAUCUAGUGUUUGUGUUUCAAAAAGUUGAAGAUAUACUUCCCUUCGAGGCUUCCUCACUUUAGUGUUGAUCAACAUUCUACAGGUCAGAUCACGAUAAACUGGAGACACUUGGUAACAGAAAGCUCUUGACAAGGAUGAAACGCGACCAAAAUCCUAUUUCUAAACAGUGACAUUAGGCAUGCCAUCCUGUAUGCACUAAACAAAACACCACACAAAAUAGCUUUUGGUACGAUCUUGUUAUAUUAAAACAAUAUAUAUAUAUAUAUAUAUCAUGAUAUUAGUUAUGAUGCAUAAAACAUUAGGAAUGUUAGCAAACAUCUCAACAUGUCAUUGAUGUUAUAAAGGAGAAGGAAUUAUAAUUAUAUGUCAAAUCAUUGUUUGUGUUUUUGAGUUGAUAUUACUGUUUCUUGUGUUUAAUAACAUUGAAUGUCUAAGUUAACAAAUCAUUGAUGAAUAAAGUGUUUCCUGCCUUCUUAGGGAAAAAUGUUGCAUUAUCAGAAAAUAACUUACAUUUUUUGUCCAGACAUUUUGGAAAAGUUUGACUAGUUAAUAAAACAUGUUUUCCCUG